CAGCUCCGUCAUCAGCCCAGCAUCAGGACGCACAAGACACGCCGGUUCAUCUCCGAAACGCCAUAGUCCUGCAUCGUCUCUGCGCCAUUUCGAGCUGAGGCAAGGCAGCUGCACCGAUGAGCUGACAAUCUGUUCAUGAUGGCGGACUUUGAGACGACGAUGGGCGCCCCGUCUGCGGGAGGCCAGGUCGUGGGGGACUGGACGGGGCCUGCAGCCGCUCAUGCGCAACUUAAGAAGGUCAAGAAGCAGAAGGUGCUGCUCAUGGGCAAGAGCGGCUCCGGCAAGUCGAGCAUGCGCAGCAUCAUUUUCAGCAACUAUCUCGCCCGGGACACGCGCAGACUAGGCGCCACCAUCGACAUAGACCUGUCCCACGUUAAGUUCCUGGGCAACCUGACAUUGAACCUGUGGGACUGCGGCGGCCAGGAGGCCUUCAUGGAGAACUACCUCUCGCAGCAGCGCGCCCAUGUGUUCAGCAACGUGGGCGUGCUCAUCUACGUCUUCGACAUCGAGAGCCGGGACGUCGAGCGCGACCUGGCCACCUACGUCAACAUUAUUAGCGCCCUGGUGCAGUACUCGCGCGAGGCCAAGGUCUUUGUGCUGAUCCACAAGAUGGACCUGGUCCAGCCCAUGACGCGCGAGGACGUCUUCGACCACCGCGCCGCCCUUGUGCGCCGCAAGACCGCCGAGGCCGUCGCUAUCGUGCAGAAACAGAAGCCGGAACAGCCCCCGCAAGCUUCUCUCACCACCACCACCACCCCCACCCCCACCCCGGUCGCCAACAAUGACCUCUCCCCUAACCUCCAGCUCUUCGCGACCUCCAUCUGGGACCAGUCGCUCUACAAAGCCUGGGCGUCGAUCAUCCACGACCUGGUGCCCAACCUGUCGUUGAUCGAGACGCAGCUGGCCAGCCUGGGCCUGGCGAUCGACGCGGACGAGAUCCUGCUGUUCGAGCGGACCUCGUUCCUGGUGGUGUCGCGGUGGACGAGCGCGGAGGGCGAGCGCAACCCGUACGGCGACCGGUUCGAGCGCAUGAGCAACAUCCUCAAGAGCUGGAAGCACACGUGCUCCAAGUACACGGGCACGCCGCGCAACGCCGAGCAGUUCUCCGACUUCGAGUACAAGAUGGGCGCCACCUUCAGCAUGUUCGCCACCAAGUUCACCACCAACACCUACAUCCUCGUCUGCAUGCCCCCCGGCGAGGCCCGCUUCAACAGCGCCAAGCUGAACGUCGCCGCCGCCCGCUCGUGGUUCAAGUUCCUGGACGGGCCGGUCGUGCCGGCGCAGCCCGCUGCUGCUGCUGUUCCGGGGGCUGCUGCUGGUGCCGGUUCUGGGUUGGGCGCGUCGCAGAUGCUGGCGGGGAUGCCGGCGAGCUGAGCAGAGCGCAGGCUGCAUGGAAUGCGUUGUGUGGACGGCAACGGAGAGGAUCAAUGUCCGCCGGGCUGCCUGCCUACUACGGCCAAGGGCAGGGGGUUGUGAUACCACGGUGUUGGCGUUCCGGCGUUGAAAAGGUAGGGCUAUUGGGUACCGUUUAUCGUCACGAAAUAGGGGCUUCUUUUUGGGCAGGCAGACAAAACGUAGCGAGGCGAACUACGAUGUGCGUAGUGGAACUACU